CACCCAUCAUCUCCUCCUAUUCACUAUUUUUUUAGUUCUCUCUCUCUCUCUCUCUCUCUCUCUCUCUGGGUCUCAGCCGGUGAUCGUCAUCAAUGGCGUCGUCGGCGUCGCGCCCGGUGGCGACGGCGGUUCUCGUGCUGCUCUUCCUCUGCGGUGCUUCUACGGUGAGAUCCGACGGGUCUGACCACCGUUACAGGGCCGGGGACGAUGUUCCGCUUUACGCCAACAAAGUUGGGCCGUUUCACAACCCAAGCGAAACAUAUCGUUACUUUGACCUCCCUUUCUGUUCAUCAGCUCCUGUUAAGGAAAAGAAGGAAGCUCUUGGAGAAGUCCUUAAUGGAGAUCGAUUGGUCAGUGCUCCCUACAAACUGGAGUUUUUGGGUGACAAGGACUCUGAAGUUGCUUGCAAAAAGAGGUUGAAUAGGGAAGAGGUUUCUCAAUUUCGAGAGGCGAUAUCGAAAGACUACUACUUUCAAAUGUAUUAUGAUGACUUGCCCAUCUGGGGGUUCUUGGGAAAAGUCGACAGGGAACGGAAAACUAAUCCAUCUGAGUACAGAUACUAUCUCUUCAAUCAUCUGCAGUUUGAAAUUUUCUACAAUAAGGAUCGGGUUAUCGAAAUCAUUGUCCGGACAGACCAGAAUUCCCUUGUGGAUGUGACUGAGGACAAGGAAAUUGACGUGGACUUCAUGUACACUGUCAGAUGGAAAGAAACAGAGAUUCCAUUUGAGAAGAGGAUGGAGAAGUAUUCUCUGGCUUCCUCAAUGCCUCAUCACUUGGAGAUACAUUGGUUCUCAAUCAUUAACUCAUGCAUUACUGUUCUCCUCUUGACUGGUUUCCUUGCAACAAUUCUCAUGCGAGUCUUGAAGAAUGAUUUCGUCAAAUACACCCAUGAUGAAGAGACAGCUGAUGACCAAGAGGAGACUGGAUGGAAGUUAAUUCACGGAGAUGUGUUUAGGUUCCCAAAACACAAAUCAUUGCUGGCUGCAGCCAUCGGUUCUGGCACACAGCUGUUUACCCUAGCGGUUUUCAUCUUUAUGCUUGCUUUGGUCGGUGUCUUUUAUCCCUACAACCGAGGAGCAUUGUUUACUGCACUGGUUGUCAUAUAUGCACUCACUUCCGGGAUCUCUGGAUAUACUGCUGCUUCAUUCUAUUGCCAGCUAGAAGGGUCUAACUGGGUUAGGAAUCUGUUGUUGACCGGAGGCCUCUUCUGUGGACCUCUCUUCCUCACUUUCUGCUUCCUCAAUACUGUCGCGAUUGCUUACAAAGCCACUGCCGCUUUGCCAUUCGGAACGAUCGUGGUGAUUUUCCUUAUAUGGGCACUCGUAACAUCACCAUUGCUAAUAUUGGGAGGUAUUGCCGGGAAGAACAGUAAAGCCGAGUUUCAGGCUCCAUGCCGGACCACGAAAUACCCGAGGGAGAUCCCACCGUUGCAUUGGUACCGGAGGACGAUUCCCCAGAUGGCCAUGGCCGGUUUCUUGCCGUUCAGCGCGAUCUACAUCGAGCUAUACUACAUAUUCGCUAGCGUUUGGGGUCACAGAAUCUACACCAUCUACAGCAUUCUCUUCAUAGUUUUCAUCAUUCUCGUCAUUGUCACCGCUUUUAUCACGAUCGCUUUGACAUACUUCCAACUCGCAGCCGAAGACCAUGAAUGGUGGUGGAGGUCGUUUCUGUGCGGGGGAUCGACGGGAUUGUUCAUAUACGUAUACUGCUUGUACUACUAUCACGCUCGGUCCGACAUGUCAGGCUUCAUGCAAACGUCAUUCUUCUUCGGAUACAUGGCUUGCAUCUGCUACGGUUUCUUCCUAAUGCUCGGGACUAUCGGAUUCCGCGCGUCUCUCGUAUUCGUCCGCCACAUCUACGGCUCUAUAAAGUGUGAGUAGGAAACGACCGAUUCUUCAAUCACUCCUUUUCCCCCUCGACUCAGUUCUUCUGUCCGUCCAUUGGCAAGUCUCUUUCUUCGUUCCCGACAAAACAUUGAACCCAACACUGUUUUGGAUAUACAUUGGUUCUUUUGUAAUUAUAGUUGUUUUCAAUGGCUUGGUCUUACGAUCUA